AUGGCGGCCGAUAUGGCCCUACAAAAGUACAAUUUGAUGUUUGACCAGAACAUUUCAGCAUUGAAACCACUUCAACAAAAGUCUUUGGAAAGUCUUCUGCACCAUGAUGUUGUAGCUAUUUUGCCUACUGGAUACGGAAAAAGUUUGUUAUAUGAACUUCUUCCGUUUUAUCAUUUGGAAGUGACAGGGAACCCUGCAGUUGUUCUUGUCAUUGAACCUUUAAAUGUGAUAAUUGAGGAACAAAUGAAAAAGCUCAGCGAUUCUUCUUUCCUUUUAAGGAAUAGUUCCAGUUAUGAUUUUAUAAAAGACUUUGAGAAAGGGAAAACAAUGUACAUUUUUGCACACCCAGAGGCUGUUGUUGGAAAACCAGAGGUUUAUAAGCUACUACAGAGUGUAUCUGACUAUAUGUAUAUUGUGGUAGAUGAGGCCCAUUGUAUUUUAGACUGGGGACAUGACUUCCGCCCAAUCUUUCGGGAAAUAAAGCAACUGCGUGCUGUCAGACCAGAUGCUAAGUUUUUAGCUCUGUCUGCAACUGUUUCAGUUAAUGGUGUUGUAGAUAUUACAAAAUUCCUUGGCAUGGAAAACCCAAAAUUAAUUAAAACAUCACCAUUGCGUGACAAUCUCUCCUUGAUUGUUCUACGAAGACCCAGUAGAAAAGUGUCUACACAAGCAUCAUAUGAUUACAUUUUUGAAAAUGUGUUUUGUGAUCUGAAGAGAAACGAAGAGGAUUACCCUGUCACUCUCAUUUAUUGUGUUGGAAUCAACUGGGUUGGAUAUGGCUAUGAGGUAUUAAGAACAAUAUUAUUGCAAAUUAAAAUACAGGUUGCACAGCGCAUACUUGGAGAUGAUAUGUUUGAUGGAGUAAGAGAUAUUGAACAUGCAAGAGUAGUAAUGUUUCACUCUUCAAUUGGUAGAGAUGAGGAGCGUUAA